UCAGUAACAGCUGGUGGCUUGCGGAGUGUGGACCGAACCGUGCGGUUGAUGGGGAAAACAACAAGCUAGACAUCAUGAGGGUCCCUAUAACCCUGAUUUGGGCAGCUUUUUGUAUCCAAAAGGUCGUGGGUGAAUAUGGCAUGGCCCAUUUCAGUGACAAGGGCAAGAGCAAAGGGAAGGAUUACUGCAUUUUCUUUAACUCGCAAUGGGCACGUCUACCUCAGGACCUCAACAAGGCAUCCCGUCUCCAGAUCUACGACCUGACAACAUCUGUCCUGUGCUCCCCCUCUGAGGUCCCAGAGGGAGGCUUCCCCAACCGCAUCCCCAUGGUGAUGAGGGGCAACUGCACCUUCUAUGAAAAGGUCCGACUGGCCCAGAUUAAUGGUGCCAAAGGUCUGCUCAUCGUCAGCAAGGACAGACUGACACCGCCUGCAGGAAACACAACUCAGUACGAGGAGAUCGACAUUCCUGUAGCCCUGCUCAGCUACUCUGAUAUGCUGGACAUCAGCAAGAACUUUGGGAAAGGAAGACUGGUUGCCAUGUAUGCACCCAAAGAGCCGGUGUUGGACUACAACAUGGUGAUCAUAUUUUUAAUGGCAGUGGGGACGGUGGCCAUCGGAGGAUACUGGGCUGGCAGCAGGGACAGCAAGAAGCGCUACAUGAAGCACAAGCGGGAUGACAGCACAGAGAAGCAGGACGAGGAGACGGUAGACGUCACCCCCAUCAUGAUCUGUGUGUUCGUGGUCAUGUGCUGCAGCAUGCUGGUGCUACUCUACUUUUUCUACGACCACCUGGCCAUUUGGGUGAUAGCUGUCUUCUGUGUGGCCUCCUCUGUUGGCCUCUACAGCUGCCUGUGGCCUUUUGUCAGGCGACUCCCCUUCUGCAAGUGCAGGAUCCCAGAGAACAACCUGCCAUACUUGCACAAACGGCCACAGAUCCGCAUGCUGCUGCUCUCAGCUGUCUGCAUUGGUGUCAGUGUCACCUGGGUGGUAUUUCGCAAUGAAGACCAGUGGGCGUGGGUGUUACAAGACGCCCUGGGGAUCGCCUUCUGUCUCUACAUGCUCAAAACAAUCAGACUGCCCACUUUUAAGGCCUGCACUUUACUCCUGGUGGUCCUUUUUGUCUACGAUGUUUUCUUUGUAUUUAUUACACCUCACUUUACAAAGAGCGGGGAAAGUAUAAUGGUGGAGGUAGCGGCUGGUCCCUCUGACUCCUCCCCGCAUGAAAAGCUUCCUAUGGUGCUCAAAGUGCCAAGGUUAAACUCCUCUCCCCUGGCCCUGUGUGACCGGCCCUUCUCCCUCCUGGGCUUUGGUGAUGUCUUAGUCCCAGGCCUGCUGGUGGCAUACUGUCACAGGUUUGACAUUUUAAUGCAGUCCUCCAGGAUCUACUUUGUGGCCUGCACCAUCGCUUACGGCAUCGGCCUGCUGAUCACCUUUGUGGCGCUGGCUUUGAUGCAGAAGGGCCAGCCAGCCUUGCUCUACCUGGUGCCUUGUACUCUGCUCACCAGCCUGGCCGUAGCGAUAUGGCGCAGGGAGCUGCCUCAGUUCUGGACUGGAAGUGGAUUUGUGCCUCCCAUAGUGCUCGCACCGAUCAACUGUACACAAACCGCAGCGCCGCCAGCGGAGGGGACCCCGACCAAUCCUGAGCCACAAAGCACAGAGACGGCCAAUCAGAGCGAAGACCCGCCCCCAUAUCAAGCUCAGGAAACGCCCCCCAUAGAGAGUGAGGAAAACAAAUCUGAAUAAAAAAAAUGGACUACUAGUGCAGCAUUGUGGAACUCAUUCCAUGUUCUACUUUUUUUUUUCUUAAAUUUACAUAGUAUCUCAGUCAAACGCAUAAUGGACGUUUUCAAGUAUGAACGUUUGAGUGCACAUUGUGCAAAGGGAAGAGCAGAGGGCAUCUGCAUUCUGAGCGGCUGGAUCGGCAGGGCAGUGGGAUCAGAAUCACAACAGGUUGAGGCUGUGAAAUCGUCAAACUCAGCUAUGAAAACGGCACACAAAAGCCCCGGCACUUUCCCCUGCGUACAGUCUGCAUCAGUCCAAUUCCAGCUGGACGCCACUAAAAAUCCUGAGGCUCUCAGCUGAGGAUCUGGCCAGCCCUCGUUCUCAAACCCACACAAGUAUACACACUGCUGUGAAUUAGCUAUGAAGCCAUUUUGGGCGCUUGUUCCUUUUUUUUUAACCCUCUGUUGUCAUCAUGAAUCACACCAGUGUCACACUACACAGGAAGGAUAACCAAACAGUUCCAUACCCUUUAAAAUGUGCUACCAUGGUCUUGGACUGAGCCAAAGGAAUCAGAUGCUAUUUUGUUUUCUUUUUACCUAAAACAUGUUUUUUUUUUCUUUCAUCUUGCCUUUGGUUAUGUUUCAUCUUGCAUGCUAUAGUUUUGCUUUUGACCCUUCUAUAAAUACAGUGUAUAUUCUGUACCACACUGUUUGUAUACAGUAUUAGUGGUCCAACAGUCAAACUGCUGGCCACUGAAGUUUCUUUUUUUUUUGUUUGUUUGUUUGAUUCCAGUAGUUAUUCAUAUUGUCUUAAUAAUUGGUUUGGGCCUUACUGUGUCCAUGUGUGGAGAUAGAAUGUGUCAGUGUACAACUUGCUUUAUGAGAAACAGAGUACUGUAUUCAAAAGUAUGUGCUGCGGUUUAAUGUAUGAGCUGUGGAGUGGGUGAAGUUGAUGUUUGAGACGUCACAAGACUAACAGUUCUAGAUUUCUGUCCUUCGUAUGAAAUAUUUGCACAGUAUUUUUUGAAUCGACAGACUGAUGAGAAGACUGUUGGUUCUUGCAUAUAUAUAUAUAUAUAUAUAUAUAUAUAUAUAUAUAUAAAUACAUAUCUCUAUAUAACCCAUGAGAAUUUAAGACACGGAAAUUCAUGGUAUCAGUGUAUGCGGUAUUCUUUAUGCUUUUGUUUUUGCCUUCAUCCAUUUAUGAGAUGAAAGUUUUCAUCUACAGCAUAGAGCGCAGAAGUCACCAUGAUGCUUUACUGCUAGAUGACUAUAUUAGAUAGGGUUGGUUGUCAUUCAUAUUAUCACGCCUAUUAACCAAAUUCAGCGGUUCCUCGUAGAAUUGUCAAAGCCGAAAACAGAGUGCUUCAGUUCGGAGGUGGAAUGACAGCAGUUUACUUGUCUGGGUGUGUGUGCCCUCGCUCAUUCCAUAGCACAGUGUUUUCAAGGAUAUGACAUUAUUCACCAGUAUAGUUUAAUGUCACCAAAUGGUUUUUAAAUACCUCUGUUGAGGAUAUUACAUGAAAUAAAUAAACAUGGUAUUUGACA